AUGGUAUCUUUAUCUGACGUCCAGGCGUCCAAUGCGCAAAUCACCGCCGCACUUCCACCAGGACUAGUCGCGGUCUUCGUCGGGGCAACGAAUGGCAUUGGAGAGUACUCACUGAAAGAGUUCGCGCGACACGCGCAAAGCCCUCGUGUUUAUUUCGUCGGUCGCUCGCAAGAGGCAGGAGACCGCAUCGCGAAGGAAUGCCGAGAGUUGAGUCCCGGCGGCGAGUUCAUCUUCAUCAAGGCGGAUGUUAGCCUAUUGAAAUCUGUCGACGAAGUCUGUCGGGAAAUCAGCAGGAAAGAGAAGACUAUCAACCUUCUGUUUUUGACUUGUGGGUCGGCUCUUGCUCAUGUUGAUACAAGCGAAGGUCUCCACAUCUUCAUGGCACUGGCAUACUAUGCCCGCGCCCGCUUCAUCGUCAACCUGCUACCACUGAUUCGUUCGGCCGAGAAUCUCCGGCGAGUAGUGACAGUAUUGGCAGCAGGAAACGAAGGCCCAAUCUUCAAAGACGAUUUCCAAUCCCGCAAUAUCCCGUUCAGAAACGUGCGCGGACACAAUGUCUCCAUGACCGACUUCAUGCUUGAGCACAUCGCACAAAGUGCGCCCGAAGUUAGCUUCGUGCAUGAUUACCCGGGCCCUGUCAAGUCGGGCUUUGGAAGGGAGACCAACAGUAUUCUGAUGCGCGUCGCAAUCACAAUUUUCAAGAUCGUUGGGCCCCUCGUUUAUAUUCCGACCAAGGAGUCCGGGGAGAGGCAUUUAUUCUUCGCUACUAGUGCCCGUUACCCACCACGGGGUGUGGAGAAUGGAGCAACCGGGGUACCUGUUUCUGAUGAUGUUUCUGUGGCAGGGGGCACGAAUGGAGAGCAGGGAAGUGGUGUGUAUGCGAUUCACUGGGAUGGAGAAAGUGCUGGCCAGAAAGCACUAGACAUUCUGUCGGAAAUGCGCGAUGCGGGUAUGGUUGAGCAAGUUUGGAAACAUACUAUGGACGAGUUCAAGCGGGUAACUGGGUCGGAGACUCUGCAUAUGUGA